CUCUUCUUUUCUUGCCUUUUCUUCUUUUAUCACCAUCUAGGUUUGAUCUUCUCAGGUUUAUAAAUGGCAACAUAUGCUAGAAGAACAUACGGAUUCGGGAGAGCCGACGAGGCGUCUCAUCCGGACUCCAUUAGAGCCACUUUGGCCGAGUUUCUUUCCACUUUUGUUUUCGUCUUUGCUGGAGAAGGCUCCAUCCUUGCUCUAGACAAGUUGUAUUGGGACACGGCGGCUCACACGGGGACAGACACGCCGGGAGGGCUAGUAUUGGUGGCGUUAGCUCAUGCACUGGCCCUGUUUGCCGCUAUUUCAGCGGCCAUCAAUGUCUCAGGUGGUCACGUGAACCCGGCCGUCACUUUUGCUGCUCUAGUAGGAGGCAGGCUCUCGGUGAUCCGAGCUAUCUACUAUUGGAUUGCUCAGCUUCUUGGUGCUAUCCUCGCUUGUCUCUUGUUGAGGCUUGCCACUAAUGGCUCGAGACCAAUAGGUUUCCAUGUAGCGUCUGGAGUGAGUGAGCUUCAUGGGCUAUUGAUGGAGAUCAUACUUACGUUUGCCUUGGUUUAUGUCUUCUACUCGACCGUUAUCGAUCCGAAGAGAGGGAGUAUUGGGAUCAUAGCGCCGCUAGCCAUCGGUCUCAUAGUUGGGGCAAACAUGUUGGUAGGAGGACCAUUCGAAGGCGCAUCAAUGAAUCCGGCAAGAGCCUUUGGUCCAUCAUUGGUGGGAUGGAGAUGGCAUAACCAUUGGAUCUAUUGGGUUGGGCCCUUCAUUGGCGGUGCACUCGCCGCACUUAUCUAUGAGUACAUGAUCAUCCCAAACGUUAACGAACCUCCUCGCCACAGUACACACCAACCAUUGACUCCAGAAGAUUACUAGACCGGACCAAGCUUCAUGUUGAAGGUUCACUCUUUGUAUCAAUAAUCUCUGUUUUGCUUGUGUUGUUUGUCUCUUUGGUUUUUUUAUAUGUAUAAUUGAGUCCAGA